GACAAUCGGGUUCCUCAUCGGAGUAGAAGCUCUGUUCCACGUCGGAGUAGUGAAGCAGUACAAUAAUUCUGCUCCGACUCCACGAUAUGUCCCUCCUCUCGUCCUAUAAAUCGAUCCAUAUGUGUGCUACUCGCCAAUUGCAAAUCAAUCUGAGGAGAUAGCACUUCGAUCCAUCACAAAGCCAGCGUUCCGGCGACCACGUACACGACCGAGGUAACAGCUAGCGAUGGCUUCCGACGGCACCGACCAAGGGAAGGGCGUGACCAUGAUCACGCUCAUCAGCUCGGACAACGAGUCGUUCGAGGUGCCGGAGGAGGCGGCGAACAUAUCACAGACCAUCCGCCACAUGAUCGAGGACGACUGCACCGACGGUGGCAUCCCGCUCCCCAACGUCACCGCCACGGUCCUCGCCAAGGUCCUCGAGUACUGCAUCAACCACGCUGCCGGAAAGUCCUCGAGCGCCGCCGCGAACUCCGAGACGGCGAGCUCCUCUAACGCGGCCUCGAGUUCCGACAAGGAGCGUCUGGCGACCUUCGACAAGGCGUUCAUGGACGUCGUUGACCUGGACAUGUUGUACGACCUCAUUCUGGCCGCCAACUACCUCGAGAUCAAGGGGCUACUGGACCUCGCUUGCCAGAAGGUCGCCGACAUUAUCAAGGGCAAGACGGUGGAGGAGAUCAGGAAGACGUUUGGGAUCAAGAACGACUUCACGUCCAACGAGGAGGAGGAGAUCCGCAGGGAAAACCAAUGGGCCUUCGAGUAGUAGCUAGAGGAGUUUAGCUAGCUUAAUUAGUUUCUUUUUUUUCGAUUUACCUUCAUUAGUUUGUUUAGGCAUGCUUAAGACUAU